AUGCGGAAGAUGCGUCAGAAAGGUGAUGUGGUAUACCUUUGCAUGGUGAAGGAUUUAUCGUGUGAUGAUCAGCUCGAGAGUAUUCCGGUGGUUCAAGAUUAUCUUGAUGAAUUUCUCGAAGAGUUGCCAAGUAUUCCUCCUGAAAGAGAUGUGGAAUUCUGCAUUGAUUUAGUACCGGGUUCUACUCCUAUAUCCAAGGCGCCAUAUCAAACGACCCCGUCUGAAUUGCAAGAGUAUGGGCACUAUGAAUUUGAAGUGAUGGCUUUUGGUCUCACAAAUGCUCAUGUGAUUUUCAUGGAUCGAAUGAAUCGCUCUUUCCACGAGUACUUGGAUACUUGUGUGGUCGUGUUUAUCGAUGAUAUUCUCGAAGUUGCUUUUCUAGGACAUGUAAUCAACAAGGAAGGAGUUACGGUGGAUCCCUCUAAGAUCAAGGCUUAUGAGGAUUGUGAAGGGGAAUUUCAGAAGAUGAAAAAGAGUUUGACCUCUGUUUUUGUUCUUACUCUGACAUUUGAGGGUGUUGGGUAUGAAGUGUUCACUCAUGCAUCGAAGAACAGUUUGGGUUGUGUUUUGAUACAGCAAGAGAAGGAGUUAAGAAGCAAACAAAAGGGUGAUCCGAAGCUGGAGAAGAUCCGUGAAGCAAAGAUCUUGAGGUUUAUGGGGCGUUGGUGUGUGCCCAAUGAUGGUGAGCUUAAGAGAAAGAUUCUCGAGGAUGCUCAUAGUACUCCUUAUUUCGUUCAUCUUGGUGGUGACAAGCUUUAUAAGCAUCUGCAGGUUAAUUUUUGGUGGCCUGUUCGACUCGAUCUUGAUGGAUUUUGUGAUGGGUUUCCUAGAGCUGUUGAUGGGAAGAAUGUUAUGUGUGUAAUUGUGGAUCAGUUGACCAAAGUGGCUCGUUUUAUUGCGAUGAAGAACACUUGGUCUGUGGAAGAGUUAGCUGAAGCUUAUGCUAAUGAGAUUUUUCGUCUUCAUAGGGUUUCCAAAGACAUUGUCUUUGACCGUGAUCCGCGAUUUUUAUCCCAUUUCUGGACCGCUUUGCAAGAGCCUUUUGGUUUGAAGUUGAAGCUUAAAACUGUAGUUCAUGCAGUUCCCGAUGGUCCCUAUGAGAUUCUUGGAAGGAUUGGGGAGGCUGCGUAUCGUUUGGCCUUGCCGCCAAAGCUGUCAAAGUUUCAUGAUGUAUUUCAUGUGUCGCAGUUGCGUAGGUAUUGUAGUGAUCCUUCGCAUGUGAUUCCUGUUGAGUCGGUAUCAGUCGAUCCGAAAUUGACUUUUGAAGAGCAACUUGUUCGCAUAUUGUACCGUCAGAGCCUAGCUCUGAGAAGGAAGAUUGAAAUGACUGCUAGACUUGUGACUGCUUGGGCUAGCAGAAUGUGGGUCGGUAAUGAGAGGAAACUGCUUGUAGUCUUUUUGGUUGAUGAGUUCUAUGCAGACAAUAGGGAGGCCUAUGUUAUCCUAGGUCUCAAAGACAUUUAG